AUGACUCGCUUAGACGAGGUUCAAGCAGCAGGUGAAGCUGCUUGUUUACGCCAAGAAACCAACUUUACCUUACCUGCAGAAUUGGAUGGGUGGUUUUUCUGUGACAAAUCGGAAGAGGAUAGCGUUGAAGUGCAAGUUUUCGCUGGAGUAAUGUUCAUCUGUUUGAUGGCUACGGCAGUUGUUGGAAAUGCCGUAGUGAUGUGGAUAAUUUUCCGGCACAAGGUUAUGCACCAUGGCUUCAACUACUUCCUCUUCAACAUGGCGUUCGCUGACUUGCUCAUUGCGGUUUUCAACGUAGGAACGACGUGGACUUUCAAUCUCUAUCACGACUGGUGGUAUGGCGACAUAUGCAUCCUCACCUGCUCAUUCUUUGGCAUCGCACCGACAACAGUAUCAGUCUUCUCAAUGAUGGCGCUCAGCUGGGACAGGUGUCAAGCCGUUGUUUGGCCAUUGAAAAAACGUCCACUUUCACGUCGUCGUUCGGUCGUUGCCAUAGCCGUUAUCUGGACAAUUUCUACACUCACAGCGCUACCAUUUGCUUUCGCAGCUAACGUUAGCGAACUCUACGUCUACAACGUAAUCACCAGAAAAGCGUCAAUUCGCCAUGCUUGCUCAGCACCUGCUCAUCCAGUAUUUGAUCAUAUUUUAUUUCUUAUCCAGUAUGCAUUGCCAUUAUUCGUACUCUCAUUCACAUUUGCUCGAAUAGCAUGGGCAUUUAGGGUGACCGAUGUGGCAUCUGAUAGCAACUCAAAAGGUUCCAAUCACACAAGAGCAAAGAACAAGGCUGUCAAAAUGCUAGCAUUGAUGGUCAUUACAUUCAUGUUCUGCUGGCUACCGUACCACCUCUACCAUACUUUCUUAAAUGCAUAUAUGGACUUUAACAACCCAAACAUUGGAAAGUAUAUUUAUCUGGGGAUUUAUUGGAUAGCAAUGAGUAGCAGUGCCUACAAUCCGAUUAUUUAUUGCUUUGCGAACGAAAGGUUCCGAAUAGGCUUUCGAUAUGUGUUCCGAUGGCUACCGAUAAUUACUUGCCCACUUGAAGACUACCAAUAUUCCCAGCUCUUCCCAGAAAAAUUACGAAACAAAGCAAUUAGUAUGCAGCUGGGCAAGUCUCGUGAAAAGGAGCAAAAGAAACGCAACAACUCUUAUGAUAGUGAGUUAAUCCUUAUGGAGCUUUAA